AUGAUGUGGCAGCAUGCAAGGGCUUCUUGUAAAUACAAUAAGAAAGAUCUCGUGGCCAUGGAAACCGAAAGAGAGUGGCAGUUUAUCACGAAUGAGCUCAAGAAUCGGACAACAAAAAAAAAUCAGUGGCACAUAGGGUUGUUUUGGAAUCGAACAGUUAGUAACUGGACUUGGGUCAAUGGUAAACCGCUGACUAUAAAGAAAUGGUUGGAUUCUGAACCUAAUAGAAACAGUUACUACGCCCUUAUUGAUAAAGAAUGGCCCAGAGGUUCUUAUGGAAAAUUUGACAGCAUAAGAGGGGACAUAAAAAGAGCUUGGAUAUGCGAGGAGGAAACAGGUGUGAAUAUAAUUUUUAUUUUUUAUUUUUAGAUUGUUGUGGUCGAGUCAACUUCGCAAAUCUAUAAGUAAAGCAUUGAAAAAACAAAAACAAAGCCAUACGUGAUGAUAGGGUAAAAGGUCAACUUCCCCACUACGAGGCUCGGAUGAGUAGGGGUAAAGAGAACAUUAUCUUCAUUUACUGGUUCAAUUCAGUGCUUCUGCAGGGGCCAAUAGUCCGAUCGAUGAUUUAUUACGUAACUGUUAAGCAAAACAACAACAACAACAACAAAAAAGAACUGGCUAACCUUAUUGAAGGGUGACUGACUUAAUUAUAUGACAAACCGUCUGUCUAACUAAUCAAAUAAAAUGUCGGUCUUGUUUGCUUGUCUGUCUGUCUGUUGGUUGGUCUGUCUGACUGUCUGUGUUCCUGCCGGCUGUAUGACUAACUGAUCGAUUGAGAGUCGCUUUUGCAGAAUGUGACUCCUAAUUCAAUAAAGGUUGCUUUGGCAAUGGAUCAUUGGCAAUUGGGCAAAGGGCAUUUAUUAAUUAUUUGGGCAUGCAGAAGUGACCACAAAACAAUCGCCUCAUAGUGCACACUUUCCCAAUACACUGCCCAAAGCAUUACCUUCAUAGAAGCAGGUAAGCAUAUGCCCGCAAUAAAUCUUUUCAGGUUUAAAAGCAAUUUUCAGACUUUUUGACAGACAGACAUUUUUAGUACAAUCAGCAUCAGUCCUGUCACUUAAUAAUACAUUUGCAAGAAUCACGCCCCACGCCUAACACAAUUUCCAUACACCAUUCAUCCCCCGGUGGGAAUGCGUAACUGACCAAGCGACUUUCUUUUUUUCUUUCUCUCUCUCUCUCUCUUUCUUUCUUUUUUCUUUCUUUUUUUUUUAACGCCAGACACCUGUCAAGGGGUUUGUAUGCGUCAUUAUCCGUCAGUAACAACGAUAGUAACACCACGAGUAACCGCUGCCACUACGAAAGAAAGGACAAGUUUCAGCAUAGCAGAUCCUACUUAUUUUUCUUCAGGUUUGCACGGUUAUAUAAAUCUUAGAAUCUUUUAUUCGUUCAAUUCGUUGCAUGUCUGUCCAAGAUUCAUAAACACUUACUUCCAACUACCUGGCAAAAGCCUCUCGUGAUAAAAACAGUAACAAUUAUAAUAAUAAAACAAAAUAGAUGGAUGGAUGAAUGGAUGGAUGGAUAGAUAAACAACUUCAUAGAUAAAACAACUAAAUAAAUAGAACAAAUAAUUACUACAAAUCAAUUCACUAAAGUUAGUCUGAAAACAUUUCAAUGUGCCGCCGAAGGUCGGUAGUGUACAUUGCUCUCAAGCCUUAACUAUAAAAUCCGAACGAAACUCCUAAAUUAAGUCUUUGACGCACUCAUGAGGUGAUCAUAGUUUUCUAUUAUGAGGUUUAAUGCUGUAAAUAUAAGCCCUAGAAACCAACCAACUACUCAGACAUUGACUAUUCUGUUCUUCUUUUUCGACAGAUUUUACGACUUUGGCCAGUCCGUCGAGUUCGAGUGAGCAAAAAACUGCCAAAAAAGACUUGACGUCCACACUUGUCAUUGUAGCAGCGUCAUUAGGAACAGCUCUAUUCAUCGCACUGAUCGCACUUACAUUUGCCCUUUUGGUUUUGCUAAGGCUAAGAAGGCAGCAUAGUUCCAAAGGUACAAAUGCUUUUCUCAUAACAUUUAUUCUGUUUAUAGGCUAAGCUAAACAAUGACAUCUCUCCACCACAUUUUUCCAUCGCGAAAUAAACAGUCUCAAUGUGUUGUGUUUCAUUACUGAACGUUUUCCGAAAUUUUUAUUACCUUAAUAUCGCCUUACUUACAAAUAGUCGCCGAAUUCCAGAUUCAUAGUUGAAGGUCUAUAAAUCUUUUCAUAUCUUGUAUAUUACGGGAGUCCCCCCCCCCCCCCCCCGGGGUUUUCCCCCCAUUUUUUCCUCUAUUUUUCGGGAUAACAUGCAGAUUCCCCCUUUUUUUUUUUUUUUUUUUUUUUUUUUUUUUUUUUUUUUUUUUACCAAAACAAAAAAAUUAAAAAGAAAAAAAAAAAAAAUAAAAAAGGUUUAUUAAACAAAAUUUUUAAUUUUUUUAUUUUUCUUGGGGGGGUGUGUUGGUUUGGGAAAUCCCCCCAAAUCCGGCAAUUUAAAAAAAAUGGACAUCCCCCCCCCCCCCCCCCACGGGCAUUUUGUCCCGCGAAAAAAAAAAGUUCAUAUUUUUUUGUUUUAUUUCUUGAAGUUUUUCCAAAAUUUUUUUACCUUUAAAUCGCCUUACUUUCAAAUAGUCGCCGAAAUCCAAAUUCAUAGGUUAAGGUUUAUAAAACUUUUUAUAUUUUUUUUAUUACGGGGGUCCCCCCCCCCCCCCCGGGGUUUUGACCACAAUGUUUGCUCCUAAUUUGCGGAAUAACAUGCAGAUAUCCCUGUUUUUUUUUUUUCUUUCCUGUAGAUUCAAGUAGUGAAAGUGCCGAAAGGUAGGCAAAGAACUGGUCAAUAAUCAUAUUGCGUUGUUGAUUUAUAAAAGUGGGCUUACUGCACUCUCUCUGUCGUCAUUUUGAGAAAAAAUUGUUUACAAACAAAUUUGUCAGUAUAGUUUCACUAUACUCUGUUAAGAAGAUUUAUUAUCGAGAAAUUCCAUGGACUAAAAUGCUGCAUUUUACGUUCAGGAUUCAGCUUGAAAAUCAGGGCAGCUCUUUGAGUGCAGCACAGUAUACAGCCACAGAAUCCAGCAGGAGGUCAGUUGAAAACGGAGAUGGAAGGCAUGAAUUUGAAGCAACCACACGACAGCCUCCCCGGACGGAUUGCGAAUACACCAUGUUGAGUCAGUGUACAAUGGUAAGUCCAGUUUCUCGUGCCGAGGAUUUACAACGUAAACGACAAUACAAGGCAUAAAGACGAAGGGUCUUUUAGGGUUAUCGUUAUAUCUUUUCUGAGUUAGACGACAUGGUCAUCAUUCAUUUAAUUGUUAUAGCAUUUAACCCUACUCGGACUGAACUUUUAUUCUUACUUCUGGUCCUGCUGCCGGUAAUGUGGGGGGAGGUGGGGGGAGCUUCGGAAGCCCUCCCUUUUUAACCUUAGACCCGGUCAUAAUAAUGUGCUCGGCCUUUUAAACAUUAAGGUAGAGUUUGAUUGAGACAAUAAUGUAUAAUGUGCAUGAUGCCGUCAUUAGGUUAUAUUAUUAAAGUUAUUGGCAGAACCCAAAUUACAUUUAACUCCAAAGUUUUGAGUACCUCAAAAAUCCCGCCGGUCUGAAUCCAAGUCGCGAAUAAUUCACCGCAUACUAACUGGGUAGCGGUAUGGCGGGCGGCCGGUGUGUUUCUUUGGCAUUAGCUGACAUAUGUCUACCCUUUAACUGCUUUUUAUCAUCUGUUAUUAUUACAUAAACUACACUUCAUUUUUAACAUUUCCUUUUGUACGUAAUUUUUUCCUCCGUUAAUUUUUCAGACACCAAGUGAAAGAGUCUACGCGUCUCUCACUACUGCUAGUGAAUCACCGAUAUACGUCAAUCAAAUAGGAUGAGCCUUUCCCCUUGGAUUACAAAAACAUAACACGGCUUAGUUUUUAACUCCUAUAAAAAAAUAGAUAAUAAUGU